UCACAGUGAUUAAUAUUCAGACAUUUGGACUCAUUAUGAGAUAUGGGACUUGCCUGUGUUUAAAGUGCACAGAUGCAAGACAAGGUGUCCGAGUUGAGGUCGAACUCCAACCAAACUUACACUCUGUCUGAACUUUGGACUGUAAUAGCAGUGAGCUCAUUCCAGAUAAGAAUGAUGAAGGUUAAAAGUCCACCAGCGAGUGCCUGGACAACAGCUUGUGUUCUGGUGUGCAACCUGCUUUAGUUGAUCUUGUAUUUGGUGCUGUUCACCUCCAAUCUCUCCAGCUCCCUAGUGUUGGUGACCAUGAGAGGAGGGGUUGUGAUCGUCCUGGGGCUAGCCCUCUCGGUGGCACACUGUGAGGAAGAGAUCCAAACCACUACCGCAGCCCCGGAGAAUGGGACCACCAGCGUAGACUGGGGCAUCGAAUCCAUCCGCGACAGCUUCGAGGCAGUAAACGGAUACUUUGACUCAUUCCUGGAGCUCCUCGGUGGCAGGAACGGAGUGUGUCAGUACAAGUGCCGAUACGGGAAGGCACCUCUACCGAGGCCGGAGUAUAAGGUGCCUGAGCCAAAUGGCUGCAGCUCGAGUUUCCUAGGACUCAAGGUACCAGACACUCUUGACCUGGGUAUCCCAGCCAUGACCAAGUGUUGCAACAUGCUCGAUGUCUGCUACGACACAUGUGGAGCCAACAAGUACCGGUGUGAUGCCAAAUUCCGUUGGUGCCUCUACGGAAUUUGCUCGGACCUCAAAAAAAGUCUGGGUUUUGUGUCCAAGGUGGAAGCCUGUGAAUCGGUGGCAGACACCAUGUUCAACGCGGUCUGGACCCUGGGAUGUCGGCCUUUCAUGAACAGUCAGAGGUCAGCGUGUACCUGCAUUGAGGAAGAAAGAGAGGAGCUUUGAAGACAAAGACCAAUUCUGUACGUCCAGCGUCACUCAUGACUCCGUGACAUUAGAACACAUGACUCUCUCUGUACAUAAAUUGUAUCGCUCCCAGUUGCUGCAUGUAUAUACAACACUGUCAGGGAACUAUGUAACUGUACCUAGAUCCCUCUGUUCUACAACAGAGUAAAUUAUUUAUUUCCUGGUCUUUUGGUGGAAUGACAUAGAACAAGGCCAUUUGACCCAUCAUAUAUUGGAUGGAUCGAAAAUUUAUGAUGAUUUUAUGUCAAUUUAUGGGAGAUAUUAACAACCGUUUGCCAAUAUAUUUUGGAACAGGGUCGGGUGACUUGUACGACUAAUAAAGGGCCUUUAAUAUUUGACUAGCAAAA